AACGGGUGCGCUGCAGCGAGCUAUAUCCGUUCUCCGCGUACCGUACAUGUCGAAAACGAGUACGAAGUAGCACUACCGUUCGCCGGCGUGUUUCACCGUUCGUCGAAUCGAAUAUUUCGGUUCGAUUUAAUUAGUUUACCCGUCGUCAAUCGUACCGAUUGGCGUUCCGUUUUGAUCGCUGUUUUAAAAAAGUUAUUUUUCUAUCGCCUACGUUAAGUACUUACCAAAUAGUAUUAUUAUUGUCGUGUUUCACCUCGCCGAACAUAUUCAAAUACUUAAUCAACACAAGUACCUAUUAUAGAAUAUUAUUACAAGAACGACGAUGUUGGGGGAAUCUGACGAGUUUUCUGAAAUACUGAAAACCGGCUUCCCAAUGUACCUAUUGAUCGCCAUCCCGUUGCUGUUGGUUAUGAGUCCGGUGUGCCCGGCGAACGCUGCACACGAGUUUACAGUGUACCGCGCCCAACAGUACAGUCUGCAAGGCGCCACAUACGGUUCCAAAAGCAGUAUAAUCAACUUGGAGGCCAGAUCGUUGAAGACUUGGAGCAGUCGAUCCAGGCACUGUGUGUUUGUUCUGAUGGACAAUUUCACGACAGAAGCGUAUGAACAAAUAUCAUCCGGAUCGGGCGCUUUAGUGUUGGUUGUACCGCCCACGCCGCAUACUCGAGAUCAACAGAACAGAAUGAUAGAAAUAGAACAGACUAUUUUAUCGUCUGAUACUUCCAUACCGAUAUACAUGAUAAAUUGGUCUACUGAAGUCAACGACUUAAUGAACGAUUUGGCUGACAGUAAAAUUAUCGAUGAAAAUGCAAGUUCUGCAGCCAAAGCUUUCAUUAAUUCGGUUUCUGCAAAUGGAUAUCAAAUAGUAGUAUCAGCUAAUAAACCAGUUUUGCAGCAGAAUAUUGCCAUAUCAACGAUUCAGGGUCAAUUGAUUGGAUACGGGUUUCAAGAUAAGUUACCCAGUAUUUUGAUUGUUGCUCAUUAUGACAGUUUUGGUUUGGCUCCGGAGUUAUCAUAUGGUGCUGAUAGUAAUGGUUCAGGAGCUGCCAUACUUUUACUUUUGGCCAAAAUACUUAGUCGAGUAUAUGCAGAGAAAAAUCGACCGAAGUAUAAUGUCAUGUUCAUUUUGAGCGGUGGUGGUAAGCUUAACUAUCUAGGAUCUAAAAACUGGAUUGAACAACAAAUGGAAAAAUCCAAUACAUUACAAGAUGUGUCAUUUGUAUUAUGUUUAGACUCAUUGGGUAGCGAUAAAAAUAUUUUUGCUCAUGUUUCAAAACCACCCAAGGACGACAGCAAAAUGGGAAAUUUUAUGAAUGAACUUAAUAAUAAUUUAGGAGAAAAUGGACUGAAAAUCAUUCAUAAAAAGAUAAAUCUUGGCAGUGAUACACUUGCGUGGGAACAUGAAAGAUACAGUAUAAGAAGGUUGCCUGCUUUCACUCUAUCUAGCUUAAAAAGUCAUAAAAAUAGUUCAAGGAGAUCAAUUUUAGAUACAAGUGAAACAUUAGAUUCAAAAAUUGUGUAUCGCAACGCUCAGAUUAUACUUAAGUCUUUAGUUGCUCAUCUGUAUGAUUAUAAUACAUCUGAAACUCCCAAAGUUAAUGUUGAUUUUGAGUCGUUGCGUUCUUCAUUGGAUUUAUUGGUUUUACAACCUAGAUCCACACAAAUGAUAGCUCAAAAAAACCAUCCUUUAGUUGAUAAUUUAUUUUCAUUAAUGAGUAAAUAUUUAAAGGAUGUUAAUGUGUCUCAUCUGACUGCAGACAAGGUUGAUCCACAGUUUUCAUUCUACACAGUUACCAAGGCUACUUUACAAGUUUACAGUGUUAAACCAGCAGUGUUUGAUCUCAUUCUUACUCUAGCAAUAGCUGUUUACUUGACAAUGGUCUACUUCUUUAUUCAGUUUGUACCAAUUGUAUAUGAUUUAUACAUCGGUACAUCAAAACCAGAACCUGUUGUUAGUUUGCCAAAGAAAAAUAACCGCAAAGAAAAACAACGAUAAAUAGAUUUAUUUAUUUCCUGUUUUAUUAUUUUGUUUAUAUAUUUCUAUAUAAAUUAUAAAUAUAAUUUUUUUUGCUCAAAGCAAACUUUUGUAGUCAACUUUAAUAUGUGUAAUGUUUUUUCUUUUAUUUUUUUUAGUUAUCUUAACGCAAGUAAAACAUGUUACUGUGUAUGUUUAAAUAAAUAAGGUUUCAGGUUAGUGAAUUAUUAAAAUGUAGUGAAAUCACUAGUAAACCCCCCCUCAAUUUACAUUGUACUAUUCUAAUUUUGACUGAUUAGAGUAUUGAUUUUAAUAUAUAAUUUUGUUUCUAAGUAUAACGAGUUUUAAACAAUUUUUUUUACUUAAUUCAUACAAUGAACAAUAUUAUAAUUUAUAACAAUAUAUUUAAAACAACACUGCCCGUGUUUGCUCAUUUUUGAGAUAAAUCACUUCAUCAAAGGUCUAAGUUGGAACAUUAAGUAUACAAUAGUUAAUAAUGUGUAGCGAUUUACAAAUAAUUGUUAUUUUUUUCGUCAUUUUAUUAUUAUUUUAGAAUGAAAAUGAAUUGUAUUAUUUUAUUAAUAUCUUUUUUGUUAAUGUAUUUUCAAAUUAUUCAUUAUAGAUUAAAAUUUAAAAUAAAAUACUUUUUCAUGGACUCUCA